ACUAGAGCGAGAAGCGAUCAGAGCGAGGCACGGCGAGGGCGACGACAGAGCCAUGAGUUACCAGAAGGUCCCGGAGUCCUAUCCGCCACCAGGGUACUCGCAGCCGUACCCACCGCCCCAGGCUCCACCGCAGGGGCCUUACUACCCGCCGCCGCAGCAACCACCUCCGGGGUACCAGGGCUACUUUAACGACGGCCAGCAACCCUACGGCUAUCCGCCGCCGCAGGGUGGGUAUUACCAUCACGGUCACCACCACCAUAACGACCACCAUCACCAUCAUCAUGGUCACCACCACCACCACCACGAAGAUGAUGACUGCUGCCUUGGCUUCUUGAAAGGAUGGCUGGCCGCUCUUUGCUGCUGCUGCAUGAUGGACGAGUGCUGCUGCUGCUGCUUCUGACAUACAUGCACCUGAAGCUCGCUGUGUCUGGGCAUCGUGGCACGGCAACAUUUGAGUGAUUAUGGUUGCUGGAUAGUGUUUACUUGAAUUUUCUCUUUGUUAUUGUUCGUAAAUAAUCUGAAUAGUACAUCGUGUUAAUAAAAGGGUAUUUGCAGUGUUUCUUUCUGUGUGUUCUGAGCUGAUUGGUCGUCCAUGGAAAAGACCCGGAAUCCUUUCGUAGAUCCCUGUAUCGUUGAAUAACAUAUUUGUUUUUUUUUUCAAUAAUACCAGUUGUUUCCAUCGGA